UUUUUUUUUUUUUUUUUUUUGUCUAUUUUUCACUUUCUCAUAUAUUGUUUCUAGAAUAUGACAAUUUUCGAAAACCCCAGAGAAGUACAAUUUGUUCGAUAUAUUGAUGAGAAGUUGGAAUUAACUACAUCAAAAAGUAGUGUUUUGAGAAGUGUUGAUAGUUGGUUACGAGCGCUCCAUCGCAAGAGGCUUACCGUGGUAUCUUCCAGCAGUGAAUUUUCAAAGUGUAUACACACACUGAUAAUGAACCGAGAAGAUGAUUCGUACUGCUGCAGAUACUACUCAAGAAAAUGCUGGCGACAUUACCUAGCAGGUGUUAAAAUGUCCGAGAUCUUGAACAAUUCAGACAAGACAACUUAUGAAUUCAAAUGGAGAUCAACACCAGUAUCCUGUUAGCUCGAGGCUAACUUUUCUUUUGCAAGCGGAGUUCAGUGGACAAGCAGUGGAAUUUACAUGAAUAUAGUAGUUCUACUUGAAUCAUUUGUAGCAUGGUCUACUGCUUUAAGCGUGAUACUCUAAACAGCAGAAUAGAUGAAACUAACCACCUUAAAGUUUUAGGCUAAUGGUACCUCUGCUUGGUGUAUUUCAGUUUUCAAUAGCAAUUUUUUUCACAUGUUAAACAAUCAUUUUGUGCAAGAAUGUGCAACAAACUGUGUUUUAUUCUCAAUGAAUUUGGCCUUAGCUAGAUGCA